AUGAGUUGGGAAGGUUUUAAGAAGGCCAUUAACAGAGCUGGCCACAGUGUGAUCAUUAAGAAUGUCGACAAAACCAUUGAUAAAGAGUAUGACAUGGAAGAACGUCGCUAUAAAGUUCUUCAAAGAGCAGGUGAAGCAUUGCAAAAAGAAGCCAAGGGUUUCUUGGACUCCUUAAGAGCUGUGACAGCAUCACAAACCACUAUUGCCGAAGUCAUCUCUAACCUUUACGACGAUUCGAAAUAUGUUGCUGGUGGUGGCUACAACGUUGGUAACUAUUAUCUGCAAUGUGUUCAAGAUUUUGAUAGUGAAACUGUCAAACAAUUGGACGGGCCUCUAAGAGAAACUGUACUGGAUCCAAUAACAAAAUUUUCGACAUAUUUCAAAGAAAUUGAGGAGGCCAUAAAAAAGAGAGACCAUAAGAAACAAGAUUUCGAUGCUGCAAAGGCAAAAGUUCGUAGAUUAGUGGAUAAACCCGCUAAAGAUGCCUCUAAGCUGCCAAGGGCUGAAAAAGAAUUGAGUUUAGCUAAAGAUAUUUUCGAAAAUCUUAAUAACCAAUUAAAAACUGAACUACCACAGUUAGUUUCAUUGAGAGUACCUUACUUCGACCCAAGUUUUGAAGCUUUAAUCAAGAUUCAGCUAAGAUUCUGUACUGAUGGUUAUACUCGCUUAGCACAGAUUCAACAAUAUUUGGACCAACAAUCAAGAGACGACUACGCUAAUGGGUUAUUAGACACUAAAAUCGAAGAGCUAUUAGGGCAAAUGACAAGUCUAGAUAUUUGUGCGCUCGGGAUAAAAUAA